GUGCAGUGCACGUUUGCCGGUCUUUAUUAUUUACAUUUUUUAUUUUCAGUAAUAUUCAUUCAAAAAUUGCUUCAAUAUUCUCCAAAACCGCUCUUUAGCGGUAUGACAUCAUGGGUGAAAAAUUAGUAGCAGCUCUAAAGCAAAUAGAGCUAGAAACAAAAAAUAAAGAUCUUGUUAAAGCAUGUCAACAAAUAAGGUUCUCAUUGGUGAAGCAUCAUUCAAGUACGGACAAUUUAGUAGCAAAACUAGCAGAAUACAUUCUUCAUUUCGAGGAUGCAGUCAUAUUUGGGAAAUAUUUGCCUAAUUUGUCACUUGCGCUAGUAUCUUCUAAAAUUCCUCUGAAGCCCGUUUUUUCAAGCAAUAGUCAUGAUCUUGCUACGGAUUGUGAGAAAACAAAACAUCUUGAAUAUUCCAUUGUAUUGGCACAUUUAAGUGACCACCCUGAUGUGCUUCAAUAUUCUCAAAAAUAUUUCCAAAUCAAUCCAAUACCUCCAUAUGAAGUUUUCAUACAUCAUGAAGAUUCUUACAAUGUGGCUCCUAAGAAACGAAGGCUACAAGACUACAGGCAAAAAGUAUCAGAUCAUAAUAUAGUGUCAUGCUGUUAUAAAUUGUUGAGAAAAUUACCAAAUGAAUUUUCAACAAAAUGGGAUUGGACGAAAUUUGUCGUAAAUUUUAGCCACCAUGAAAAUGAAGAAAUAAGAUGGAUGGUCAAAGAAUGCAUGGUGAUAUUAACAAACAUGACGGAAGCUCAAUCAAAAACAUUAAAUAAAAAUUUAAACAUAUCCAUUGACACAGAUAUAAAAAAUAACAUGUCUAAAAUAGAUCAAACUAUUGGGACGGGUAUCGAGAAUUUAACUGUAAAAACAGAAUCAAUUGUAAACAUUGAUGGAAUAGUUUUGCCUAUCUAUGACAAGGAUAAUGUAAAACCAGCAAGUUUAGUGCCUGUUAAAUCAACUAUAAACAACUUGAGAAGCUUGGCCCUAGCAGUUGCUUCAGGUAAAGCUCUUUCGCUAAUGGGUCCUGUAGGAUCUGGUAAGACAUCGUUGGUGGAACAUUUAGCUGCGAUCACUGGCCGUAAAGGAGUCGCGUUUAAGAAAGUUCAGCUCGGAGAUCAGACAGAUUCCCGGAUGUUACUAGGUUCUCAUCAAUGUACAGAUGUGCCGGGAGAGUUUAUCUGGGCUCCUGGUGUUCUUACAGAGGCUGUACUAAAUGGUCACUGGCUGUUGUUGGAAGAUAUCGACAGUGCUGCAUUGGAUGUGGCAUCUACACUGAGUUCACUUCUAGAGAGAAAUACUUUGUGCGUGCCUGGUUUUAGAGAUGCUUUGCCAGUUACACCAGGAUUCCAAUUAUUUGUUACACAGCGCACAAUCAUUACAAAUUAUGGUUACCAAAAGAAGUUAUCUAGCUCAAGUACUUUACUACAAAAGCAUUUAACAGUAAUAAAUGUUGAACCUCUAUCAAGGUCUGAGCUAAGUGAAGUUAUACAAACACUUUACCCCAGUCUAACUACAAUUAGUUCAAAGAUGAUAGAAGUGUUUAUGAUGUUUUCCGUUGGAUGCCAUGAUACGUCUUUACAAACUACUGAGAGUGAAACGGAAAAAGCUAACAAUGUAGUUAUAAUGAGAGGUUCGAGGCUCAUUUCUACAAGAGAUCUAAUGAAAUGGUGUGCAAGAUCAGUUGUUGGUUUUAAUGUCUCCAGCCCAGACUCUGCAUUGAAAGUAUUACAAGACGCCUUGGACAUUUUUACCUGUUCAGUAUCAUCACCCGAAAAUAGACUAGAAUUAUCCAAAAAAGUAGGCACGUGCCUCGGAAUUGUAGAGACGAAAUCUGAAUUCUACUGUAAACAUUACAAACCAAAUGUUUCUUUACAACCGGAUUCGUUAAUCGUUGGUCGUGCUACAAUUCCGCGUAUCGAAAAGACCCUGAAAUCUAUAGAUUUCGAUAAUAAACAAGUCGUUUUUUCAUUCACUCGUCAAUCUGCUUGCCUAUUAGAGAAAAUUGCCUGUUGUGUUCUUUCUAAUGAACCAGUGCUUCUUGUGGGUGAAACUGGUACUGGAAAAACUUCUUCAGUUCAAUAUUUAGCGAGACAAACAGGCCAUAAACUUGUAGUAAUAAAUAUGAAUCAACAAUCAGAUUCUGCUGAUCUACUUGGUGGUUAUAAGCCGGUGGAUCUUAAAUAUGUUAUACGCCCGAUCAAAUCUGAAUUUUUAGACCUUUUCACAAACUUCUACAAUGCAGAUAAAAAUAAGAAGUUUUUAACUCACAUUGAGACAUGUUACGAUACAGAAAAUUGGAAUGCUCUGUUAGCAUUGAUGCAACAAAGUCAUAAAGCAGCAGUGAAAAGACUUAAUGAUGAAAAAAACAAUAAAUUAAAGGCUUGGCUGGCUUUUGGAUAUAAACUCUCUAAGUUAGAGCAACAAAUCAAGGCAGAAUCUCGAUUGACAUUUGCAUUCAUAGAAGGAUCCCUUGUAAAAGCUAUGCAAGAAGGUCAUUGGGUAUUGUUAGAUGAAAUAAACUUAGCAUCUGCAGAAAUAUUGGAAUGUUUGGCUGGGUUAUUAGAAGAUAGAAAUGAAAGUAUUGAUUUACUGGAAAAAGGUGAUAAAGUUCCUAUAAAAAGACAUCCAGAUUUCACGCUUUUUGCGUGCAUGAACCCAGCAACUGAUGUAGGGAAAAAAGAUUUACCAGUGGGUCUAAGAAAUAGGUUUACAGAAUUUUUCAUUGAUGAAUUAACAGAAAGAAACGAUUUAAUGUUAUUAAUAGGUGAUUAUUUAUACCACAUGAAUUUAAGCGGAGCUGUGCUAGAGUCCAUUUAUAUCUUUUAUUCUUCAAUUCGAAAAGAGGCCAAAUUGAAUUUAGUAGAUGGAGCAGGUAAUGCUCCCCAUUAUUCUCUGAGAACACUAUGCAGAGCGUUAACUGCUGCGGCCAAAGCAAAAUGUGGGACCGUCGCAAGAUCUUUACAUGAAGCAUUUUGCCUUUCCUUCUUAACACAACUAGAUAGAUCAUCUCAUCCGAUAGUCGAAGCCAUGAUAGCUAAGGCUGUUCUUGGUAAGAAAAAUGUGAAAGCAGUCUUAAAACAAUUAAUUCCUGAACCUCAAUGUCAAGGCCAAAACUAUUUGCUCUUUGAGGGUCAUUGGAUACCGCAGGGAAAAUUGGAAAUCAAUAUACCAGAAGGAUACAUUUUAACUCCUACUGUAAGGAAAAAUCUUCGAGAUAUUGCCCGCAUCAUAUCACUGGGGCGUUUACCUAUUCUUUUACAGGGUGAUACCUCUGUGGGAAAAACUUCACUUAUAACAUAUAUAGCUAAAGCCUCAGGAAACUACUGCGUCAGAAUAAACAAUCAUGAACAUACUGAUUUACAAGAAUACAUAGGAUCUUAUGCAAGUGAUUCAAGUGGAAAUCUAGUCUUUAAAGAGGGAGUUCUAGUCGAAGCUAUGAGAAAAGGAUAUUGGAUAAUUCUUGAUGAAUUGAAUUUAGCCCCUAGUGAUGUAUUAGAAGCAUUAAAUCGUGUUCUUGACGACAAUCGAGAGUUAUUUAUUCCUGAGACCCAAGAAGUUGUUAAAGCUGAUCCCAAUUUUAUGCUUUUUGCAACGCAGAAUCCUCCAGGGUUGUAUGGUGGCCGAAAAAUGUUAUCACGUGCUUUUCGUAAUAGAUUUGUAGAGCUGCAUUUUGACGAAAUACCAAGAAGUGAACUCGAAACAAUAUUGCACCAAAGGUGUCAUAUUCCGCCUACAUAUAGCAAGAAAAUGAUCGAAGUUAUGGCGGAACUACAAGUUAGGAGAAGGGGCUCAGCCGCAGUACAAGGCAAAGAUGGAUUUAUCACAUUGAGAGAUUUGUUCAGAUGGGGCCAGAGAUAUAAACAUGCUUCCAAAGAAAUGCUCACUUCUGAAAAGUUUUAUGACUGGGAUCAGCAUAUAGCCGACGAAGGUUAUCUUAUAUUAGCGGGCAAAGUGCGCCAAACAGAUGAAAGAAGUAUAAUAGAGGAAGUAAUUGAAAAACACAUAAAACGAAAAGUCGAUCCUAAAAAUUUAUUCAGCCUUCAUCAAAAUACUUCACCCGUGACUAAAUCAACAUUAGAAAUGCUUUUAAGUAACCAACUCCAAGAAUUUUCUCAUGUAGUAUGGACAUAUAAUAUGAGAAGAUUAGCAGUUUUAAUAGCCAAGGCAUUUACUUUUAAUGAGCCUGUGCUAUUGGUAGGUGAGACUGGUUGCGGAAAAACCACAAUUUGUCAAGUAUUGGCCGCUUUAAGUCGCCGUCAGCUACUAUCCGUAAACUGUCAUAUGCAUACAGAAAGCUCGGACUUCUUGGGUGGACUUCGCCCGGUAAGACAAUAUAAAAAAGAUGGGAAAUUAUUCGAGUGGGUUGAUGGACCUUUAGUAAAAGCAAUGGAACAUGGCCAUCUGUUCCUCGCAGAUGAAAUAUCUUUAGCGGAUGACAGUGUUUUAGAAAGAAUGAACUCAUUACUAGAACCAGAAAGACAAUUAGUCUUGUCUGAACGGGGCACCGAUGAUAGUUCCGAUAUUGUGGUUAUUUCAGCUGUUCAAAAUUUUCAUUUUAUCGGAACUAUGAAUCCAGGUGGUGAUUUUGGAAAAAAAGAACUAUCACCCGCUUUACGUAAUAGAUUUACAGAAAUAUGGUGUGAUCAUGUCAGUUCCAGAGAAGAUUUGCUAGAGGUUCUGGAAAAGAGUGUUAGUAAAGGAAUAGUUUUGUCAAAUCAAAAAGAUGGAACAUCAGGAAUUGGAAAUUCUAUAAUUGAUUUUAGCUAUUGGUUGAAAAAUUCCGAAGUUACAAAUAAAUUUCCAUUUAGCAUUCGUGAUUUACUGUCCUGGGUACAAUUCAUUAAUGUUACUGUUGGACAAAAAUUGUUAGACACAGCUGAGGCGUAUGUGCAUGGAGCAUGCAUGACAUUUUUGGAUUGUUUCGGCACCGCUUUAACGGGUCACAUUGAUCCUGAAACCUUACACGUUUUACGCAAAAAUGCUAUUAACUUCUUGCUCAAUCAAAUAAAAGCAUUAGGUUACGAAAAAACUGACUUAUUAAACAACAUGUUGGUCAAUAAGGCAAUAUCAUUGACUGCUGAGGUAAUUGAUAAGAAGUUUGGGAUUCAUCCAUUCCUUAUCGAAAUUGGGCCACACCACAAUCCAUUUGAUAUUCAGAAGUUUACGUUCACGGCUCCCACAACUGGUGCUAAUACAUUACGACUAUUACGAGGCCUUCAGUUAAACAAAGCGAUUUUAUUAGAAGGAAACCCAGGAGUAGGAAAAACAAGCUUAGUUACAGCUGUAGCAAAAAGUUCUGGUCAUAAAGUUGUCCGCAUAAACUUAAGUGAUCAAACAGAUAUAACAGAUUUGUUUGGUACCGACUUACCAUCAGAAGACGGAUCCUUUAUCUUCAAGGAGGGAGCUUUCUUAAAUGCUCUCCAAAACGGAGAUUGGAUUCUUUUGGAUGAACUUAAUUUAGCACCACAACCUGUGCUAGAAGGUCUUAAUGCUUGUUUAGAUCACAGAGGUGAAAUAUACAUUCCAGAAUUAGGUAAAACAUUUAAAGUGAAAAAAGAAACAAAACUGUUUGCUUGUCAAAAUCCUCUCAAACAGGGCGGUGCUCGUCGGGGCCUGCCCGUAUCAUUCUUAAACAGAUUCACUCAAGUAUAUGUCGACACUUUGACGAAAGAUGAUCUUACGUUCAUUGUUGAGGCACAAUAUUCAGAACUUUCUAAAGAUAUCUUACACAGAAUAGUUGAAUUCAAUUGUAAGGUAUCACAUGAAAUAACUGAAAUUCAGUCUUGGGGACAUAGAGGAGCACCCUGGGAAAUGAACUUACGUGACAUACAAAGAUGGUGUGAGGCACUCAUUGAAGAUCAAAAUGAAGGUAGAAAAGUGUCACCUGGAAAGUUUAUUGAUAUGCUCUAUGUUAAUAGAAUGCGGACAGAGGAAGAUAAAGAGAAAAUGAUAACAACUUAUAAUGAAAUAUUUUAUCCAGCUUAUCCUAGAAGUGAUGAACGUCCCAUGUUCAAUAUUGAUGGUAAGAACAUAAUUAUUGGUGAUGUAAUUUUUCAAAUCAACGAUGAGAGGCUGUAUAAAAACAGAAGAUCAAUUGAUACAAAUUUAUUAGUUCUUAGAGACCAAUUGCCAAUUUUAAAAGCGCUAGCUCAAAAUAUAAAAAUGAAUUGGCUCUCUAUACUAGUCGGACCGACUGCUGUGGGAAAAAGUAGUUUGGUUCAAGUUUUAGCGGAUUUAACCGGAAAUGAAUUACAUGUUAUACCAGUCACCUCAGCAAUGGAUGUAUCAGAUCUAUUAGGUGGAUUUGAACAAGUCGACUACAACAGAACCUUGGAAAAUAUAUAUGAUAAUAUUGAGACAGUUACUAUCCGAAUUGUCAGAAGUUUAUGGUUGUUACAAGACUUCAAACUUUGGAAAUCAAAUAAGCUCUUGAGUGAUCUUUUUGAGUUCCGUCAAAUAGAAACAAACGGCGAAGCUAAAAACGCAUUUAAUAUUGACAUGAAAAAAUUCAAAGAAAAAGUGCAGUUUCUAUUAGACCAUUGCUAUAAAUUAAUUGAAUGUAGCAACAUUUGUGAUCUUUUCACUCACGGCAUAGAAAAAAUAAUAGGAAAUUUAAAGCAUUUGCAAAAUAAAAUCUUAAAACUGACAUCCGUAAAUUCGGGUGGUAGAUUCGAGUGGAUAGAUUCAUUACUUGUUAAAACUAUGAUUGAUGGAUCUUGGCUUCUACUAGAUAAUGUAAAUUUAACGUCAGCCGCAGUAUUAGAUAGACUAAACGGUCUUUUGGAGCCAAAUGGAGUCCUCAGUAUUCCGGAGCGAGGUGAAAUAAGCGAAAUAAAGCCUCAUCCCAACUUUAGGAUUUUCUUUACAAUGGAUGCAAAGCAUGGCGAAAUAUCUCGAGCUAUGAGAAAUAGAGGCGUUGAGAUUUACUUGCUUAGACCUGAUAAUAGUGACCUAGGUCUCUCUGAGGUAAUGCCGUAUAUGGAUUUAGUGGCGUUAUUAUCGUCGUGUGGUUUGCCUAAUCAAUACCACGAUAUUUGCAUUCGGUGCCAUGAAACUAUGACAGAGUUUGUGCAAGGUUUAGAACGGCCAACAGUUUCGCAACUUCUCCAAGCAGCGCAUAUAAUACGACAACAACUAGUAAGGGGUGUGUCUUUCAAAACGGCUCUACUGAACAGUUUCUCAGAUGUUUACAUAAAACCGAGAAGUGGUAGUGACUUUGUUACCGAUAUAAAUACAUCGCUAGCUGAAAUGAAGAAUAAUAUGUUACGUGAGUUAGAAAAUGAGUUGGGCACUGAAGAAUUCCCAAAUUUUGGUUCCAAUGUUGUUAAUCACACAUUAACAAUUAAAGGGCUCUGUUCCAAUUCCAUUUAUGAAUUAGCGAAACAAACUUCCUAUACGGCAGUUGAGCAAAUUACAGAUAGCAACUCAGUGGACAAUGCAACAAUGCAUGUAAUAUUUAGUAUUCUAACUUCUUACCAAAAAUGCUCUGGUGAACAAUUGAAAACUCUUUACUAUAGUUUAAAUGAAGCAGUUUCAAAUGCCAAGGAUAUCAACUUGAAAAAUUUAACAAAGGAAUUGAACGAUCAAGCACUUAGCCAUGUAAAUAAAUUAAAUACGACAUCGGAGUCAUAUAAACGGUUUUAUCGGGAAUCAUAUUGCGUUGACGAUGGUAUUGUUGCUAAAUCUAACACGAGUUUUGCUUUGCUAUAUAAUGAGUGUCAAAAAACUCUUCUUAAAUUAUCUCUUAUAGAAAGUCCUUUCUCUGCUCUUCAUUAUUCAAAUGCAGUAUCAAAGAGAACUUUAACUGAUGAUUUUGUGGAAUAUCCCAUAUUAAGACACUGCCAAAACUAUAUAAAUCUUAUUGAUGAGGAAUUGCUGAAAGCAAUUAAUUUGGCAUCUUGUAAUUUAAGUGACCAAAAUAUUUGUGUGUUAUUACAAUUGUUAAAUUGGCGAAUAAGAUUUUUCAAAACGUGUACAAUGCCAAUAUUUACCAUGCAAAAACGUACGCCAACCUUAAAAGAAGAAAUUAUACCUAUCCUCCAGAUCCAUAAUAAGUGGAUUCAAAAGUAUCUAUUGGAAAAACUUUACAGCAUGAUUGGUAAAUCUGAUGAAUUUAUGAAAUUCAAAAAGAAAAUGACGGAAAUGAAAUUAAACAUGGAACAGGAACAUACGGAAUUAUCGAAAAUCAGCAAGAAAAUGAGAAAAUGUUACGGACAAUCAAAGCUAUUUAAAGAUAAACGAGAAUAUAACUUAUGCAAUGCAAGAGCUGCAGUUUAUAAAGAAAUCCAUUUUGAUAUGCAUCAACCAAUUGAUAAGCAAUUCUACAAGCUUGAUAGCAUUAUGUACAAUGCUAACAAGACCUUUGCAAUCGAUAUACCCCAGGAAGAAAGUAUUAGAGAAAUCGAAAGUAAUGUAGCGAGUAUCAAAGAAAAAGUAAAAGAACCGAGUUCAGAAAUCAAACUCAUACCACUAAAUUUAUAUGUUGUACAAAGAGUUUUAAAUGUAUUGCAACCAUAUAUGCCAGAGCUUUUGAGGAAGUUCUUUGCAACAGAAGAUAUUCUUUUGCGCACUAAAGAAACAAGUUGUCUAGAUAUUUUAGCAAUUGUUACUGCUUACGGGAAAGUUACGAAAGGAUUUCCACCAGCACUUAUAGAUCAUUUGAGUAUGUUGCUAGAAAUGCAAAAGGGUAAUCUGGAUAUAACUAUCGAAAGAUUAUCAUCAAUGACAACGAAAUUUUGGGAUGAGAUUUAUAAAUUAUUGGCAUCAUCACCAGCCGUUCAUCCUUCGUUGUUUUUAUCUGGGAAUCAUUUAAGUUCUGAUGACGUCAUGGAGUUGAUACCAGCUAAUACGCAAAGGGUUUCAAUGAAUCUGCCAUUAAUGCCAUAUUACAUUCAACAGCUUACAAUGUUGGUUGAAGAGGAAGGGUCUCAGCAAUUACUAGCCUAUGAAAAAGUAUCUCUUAAUAACAGAGUGGAAUAUUCUUUACAAUUGGAGUCUAUUUUAAAAAUAUUAUGGAAUAAUAUAGGCACCUUGGAUAUCACUGCCGCUGCUAAAUUAGAAGCAGAUGCUGUAUUUGAAAUGAAGAAAUAUGACCAUUUAAUUAUUUAUCUCCAUUCUAUUGUUGUUUCUAAUUUGAAUAAUCCUAUAUUCAAAUUAACCGAUGAUAAAUUUAGUUUUUUGCUAAAACAUCUUAAGAUCGACUCCUACUUAAUGGAAGCAUUAGCAAAAGCCGAUGGAAUUAAUAAAGAACUUAAAGAAGAACUAAACUUAAAUAAACUCAAUGUGACUAAAGUGAAGAUAUUAACAGCGCAAUUAUCUCUACUAACUAGUUUAUUGUUUGUACAAUUUAUGGUAGAAAUGAGUCCGAUAGACCAUGUCGAGAAGUAUCGUAUGAAAGUUAAGUAUAUUGAAGAAGACAUACAGAUGUUUAAUGCCCUAUUAAGUUCGUACUACGUUCAAGGUGUAAUUGCGGGCACUAUCAAUGAAAAUCGCAAUAUCGAAAAGUCAUCUCAAGUGGCGAUUAAUUCUUUGAAUAAUGAUACAUUACAACAGUUGAAGAAAGUGCACCCACACUGCGAAAUUUUGAUGAAUUUGAAAGAACAAACAGCGCUUAAAAUUCAUAAAUACGCAUCUGGUAAUACAUUCCGUCCUGAUAAACCGUCCUAUUGUAAUUUUGUCAAAGAAUGUAAACAUUUCUCAAAGUCGAUCCUCUCAGAAAGGACGAUAAUUACGGUAUCUACAAAAAUGAUAGAGAUUUGCAAUUUACUUUACAUAGAUUUUAUCGCGAGUAAUAAACUGAAUAAAAGUACAGUAAAUAAAGCUGAGGCCGUUAUUCGAGAAACAAUAUCAUGGAUGAAUUCAACUAGAGCUUUCUAUAAAAAUAUUGAAACUGUGUAUGCUGAGGCCUUCCCCGAUUUAGCAAAGCCUUUGCAGAGUUCACUCUCUCAAAUUAUACACAGUAUAACCUCUUUGAGUGAUGUGAUGAGAGAACUUGUCCUAAAAAUACAAAAAGGAGAAUUUUUGCCUGAAUUAUUAAGGAGUUUGCUUGUGUAUCCCAGUAAAAUUGAUGUUAUAGAUGUAAAGGAAAAACACCUUAAUCGAUAUGUAACAAACCAUUUCAUACAAAUGUUGAGACGCGGAGUAGGUGGCAAAACUGAUUUGUUCAAGAUUGAAUCAUCAUGGAUAGAGAUAUUAAAAAUGAAUUUAUCAGAGUUAAAGAUGAACUGUACAGCGAUGGGUCGAGUCGAUGAAGCGUCGAUGAGCGCGGUGUUGAAUACAUUGAAUGCAAUAGUAAAAGCUUGGGACAAACAACGACAGGAUAUGGAAAGGAAGAAACAGGACGACGAAGCUUUAUAUGUCACUAAGUCUAUUUCAAAAUGUGAAGAUGAAGACGAAGAGGCCACGGCUCACGAAGAAAUAAUGCAAAUGUUUCCUUCGUAUGCUGAGGACGAUUUCGGAGAAUUUAAACCGCCUACUUUAGAACAGAGGAAAGUAAAAGUACAAAAUGCAGAUAAACCCAAACUAAUUAUGACGGCAGAAGAUGUGUCGUUGAUAUAUAAGUGGCAUUCGAAUUUCGUUCGUAAUGUGACCAUCGCAGAAUGGUUGACUGCUCCGAAAAAGAUAGUGGGCAAUGAUGUCGUAACUCCUUUACUAUUACGGUAUCCCAUAUUCAGUAAAGUUGCUCAAGGAUCGUGGGAAGGAUUGGAUGCGGUAUUUGAACGUGAAAUUACUCCUAGUCUGUUGGUGCUGUUAUCUCAUAUUAAAGCUAAAGUUGAUGGGCUCGAAUCUUCCAAUCAAAAAGUGGAUUUCUAUCGCUCACCCUGGGUGUCGGAAACGCGCGAGUGCUUACCGCUGCUUCACAGAGUGCGAGAUAAUACAAGUGAAUUACUGGAGCAAUGGCCAGACUUCCCCACUUUAAAAGACAUAAUGGUUAUAGUGAACAGAAUACUAAACUUCCCGAUCUCAAGCCCCGUAUCACGAUUCCUCACUGGCUUGGAACUACUUCGCGAUAAGAUCGAAGAAUGGAACAAAAAUGCGCACAAGGGCAAUAAUAUGAUAGAGAUAUCAUUAUCUGUGGGCCAACAGAUCAUAAAUUGGAGGAAAUUAGAGAUGAGCCAUUGGAAGGAGUGCUUGAAUAAUCUGUAUCAGAGGAAACAGUCGGACGCUCACAAAUACUGGUUCUACAUGUAUACCGUGAUCAUUUCAUACUUGGAUCCUUCAAAGAAUCUCGAUAACCAACCAGUCUCACCAACAAGGAUUACCCUAGUUCUUCGAGACUUUAUGGAGAAAUCAAACGUGGCUGAAUAUGAAGUUAGACUUGACAUUUUGUACGCGUAUCAUUGCCAUUUGGUGCAUUUGCAACCAGGCGAGAGAAGAAAUGAACUAUUGUCAAUAAUAUGGAACAUACACAACUACUUUUCACAAUUUUCUCCUCAAGUGAGUGCGUUCUUGAAAGAAAAACGUGCACCGAUUGAGAAGAAAUUACGUGAUUUUGUGAAAAUAUGCACUUGGGACAGGGAUCUUAGUUAUUGGAGUGUAAAGGAUACAGUUGAUAAGGCUCACAAGGCUUUACACAAACAUUGUAAAGAAUUUGAGAAAGUUCUAAUGGAGAGCGUAUCCAGCCUGCUCGUAGAUACUAGUGGAGAAGUAAGCGAGCACGUGGGUAUAUGGGAUAGACCGAAGCGUGUGGCCGCUAACAGUGCCCAUAACGCACCCGCUGGUGGCGCCUAUAUGAUUGACCCGUUGAUACAUAUCGUUCUGGCGAGGAAUGUUAAGAAAUACUUAGAUCAAGCCGAUCAACCAUGCAGCCUUAUACCCGAGACGAGCUUAUUGUCGAAAAUACCUACUUUGCUCACUAAGGCAAAACAGCUUUGUAAAGAUACAAUGAUUAAUACCGGAUAUCCGUCCUUAGUGCAAGGACUUGACGAUUUCAUAACGCUGGUUAUAGAAACCAGCACGCAUUUGGGAUCACUAGAGGUGGAUACCUCAGCUCCAAAAGACAGGCAGAAAUCGCAAGCGAAGAACAUUGUCCAACAAAAACGUAAAGCGCUCGCGGAUCUAUUCAAAUACCUUGCGAAAAUGGGACUGAAUUAUCGCACUGGUUUGGUGAUAUUAAGUGCUUCUGAAGAAUUGUGCGACUUCACAAUACCUCCAGUGGAUUUGGACGCAGCUAUGAGCUAUUUGAAGAAUCGGCGUUGCGAUCAAACACUCUCCCUACUUUGGUCGGGAUGUGAAAAGUAUUUCCAGAAGAACAUCGCAAGACAUCGUUUAAUGACAGCGGCUUUGCAGUCACCGCACGCUGACCUCGGUAUACAGAAUAUAGAGCGCUGUAAAGGUUUUGCUGCUCAACUUAUGAAACUAACAAACAAACAGAAAAAAACAAUAGCGAAGUAUUCUAGAUACAUUUGUGACCUACGAUCCGUUGCUACGAGUAUCACUAAUGUUCUCGAAUUAGAUGAUUUCGUUAAUGUGUUCACACUUAAUGAUAAAAUUGAAGUUCUCUCUGACUGUUAUGGCAAUGCAUCCAUUCUUCUCGAUCAAUUGAGUAUUGUGCUAAAAUCUUUGCCUGAAAAAGGAUUAAAUGCAAACUGCGAACCAGAAUUUGACAGACUACUAUCGAAUUCACUUUUACCUCACUGUUAUAGUGGCAGUGACGAAUGGAAGGAAUUAUACAAGAAAAUUAAAGCGAUUAUCAAUUUAGUUGAUAAACAAAGAACAGCUUUAAAUAAACUGACAAAUGCAGUUCCUAAAUUCCUGGGAAUCUAUGAUCUAAUUCCGAUGGUUUCACAAGUUCACGUAGAUACGGUAAAUGAUGGAGUUAUCACUUUAGGAAUAUUAAAAGAAAAAGUGAAAGCUAUUCUGGAAGAAUAUAACUUUGAAUUCAAAUAUAAUGUUACUGAACAAGGAAAGUCGCACCAUCCAAUUCUAUGUUGCUUAGAAGAUUUAGAGAACUACCUUAACAGUACAAUGCAAAAAAUCCGUAAAAUAGAUAAAACCAUAGAUGUAGCAUUGGAAGGGAAUACCAAAGAAGGAUUAUUCAGACAAACCGAAGAUAUUGUAGCGAAUAUGCUGUUGAUAAUUCAAUCUCUAUAUAAGAAACACUUACCUGUUGAAAAGAGCAUGGAUAAUGUUGAUGUUUUAGAUGCAAUUGAUGAAAUCAUUGAUGAAGGAAAUAAGGAAAACAAUGAUAAAGAAGAAUCCAAAGAAAUUCUUGAAGAUAAACAUUUGAAAGAUCUCUUACAGGAUAAACUUUCAUCUGAUCGCAAAAUACUACAAUUAGAGGUGUUGACUAGUAAAUUAAAGACUUUGGUGCUCGAUUUCAUUCAAUACAUUUCGGCCAAGAAAAAUAUUGAAGAUGUUAAAACAGUUUUAAUGAGGCUAGUGCCUAUACUGGAACAAACCGUACUUUUCAUUCAAUACUUCGUGGCUCAACAGGUUGCAGUGCAUAGAGUGUCAUGCAAAAUGCUGUCUGUUUUGUUGAAGAUCUUUUCAGACCUAGCCACAAAAGGAUUCUGCAAGCCAUCUGAUCUAGAUAUGGAUGAAGGUGAAGGAGAAGGUGGUCCAGGAAAACUAUCAAGUGGUAUGGGACUAGGCGAAGGGGAGGGACAAAAGGAUGUAUCUGAGAGAAUUGAAAAUCAGGACCAAUUAGACGAUGCUCAUAAACCAGGAGAAGAAAAGAAAGAGGAGGACCGCGAUUGUAAGGAAGAAGAAAAGGGUGUUAAUAUGACGGAUGACUUUGAUUCACAUUUACAAGAUGUAGAGCAAAAAGAAGGUGAUUCGGAUCAAGAAAAUGAUGAUGAUGAUGCUGAUAAACAAAUGGGCAAUACAGAAAAUGCUGCAGACAAGUUAGAUCAACAAAUUUGGGGUUCAGAAGAUGAAGAAGAAAACGAAGAAGAAUCUAAUAAGAAGGAUAAAGAGGAACGUGGCAAAGGCGAGAGUACGGGAGAAAAGGAGAUGGGUGCUAAAGACCAAGAGGAAGGAGUCGAUGAUGGCGAUCAGGGUAAAGAGAAAAAACAGAAGAAAGACAUCAAUGAAAUUAAUGAGCCCGAAGUUGAUGAUGAUCACGUUGAUCCAUACCAUGGAAAUCCACAAUCGUAUCCAGAACCAGAAGAUUUUGAAAUGCCUGAAGAUAUGAAUGUAGAUGGCGAAGAAGCUGAAGAAGAUAAGGAGGGUGAAACGGAAACGGAAAAUCCAUUCGAUAUUGACGUGAUGAAAGAGAAUAUUCCAGAAGAAGAACCUAAAGAAACAGAAGAAAAGGAGGAAAACAGGAAUGGUUUGGAUGUUUCCAGUGACGAGGAGGAUGGUGGUGACGGUGUUGAUGACGGCAAUAAAGAGAAAGAGGACAAUGGAGAAGAGAAACAUGAUGAAACGUCCGAAGAAAAUCAAGAGAAGGAAGAUAAUGAUGACGAACAAACUAAUGCCGAUGAAACCAUGGAAAUUGAUGAAACACAACCGGAAGAAGAGCAGCCAGAUAAACCAGACGAUAAGGAAGAACUUCCACAGAACCCGGAGGGAAUAAACGAAGAUGAUAAAGCAGAAGAGAAACAGCAUGAAGCCAAUCCACAAGCGAAUCCGUCUAAUGAAGACCCGGCUGCGGCGGAAAAGGCUGAAAAUGCGCAAAUGGAUAAAGGAACCAAUGAUAAUGUGGAAACUAACGCAGAACAAGAUAAGGAUGAGGAGGCCGCGCCUUAUGAACAAGUACAAGAACAAGUAGGUGAUGAGAAACAGUCGACGGGUCGGUCGGAGUUAGACAAAAGCGAUAAAGGACAUCGCGGUGAGAAACAAGCGGCCAAAUCGGAAGCGUCUCAUGAUACGCAGAAGAAACAUGAGAAUAAGCCAGGAAAGACCGAUCAGGAAAGAACGCUUGGUGAAGUCAAUGAAAAGAAACAUAAAAAAGCGCACACACUGAACGUGGAACGUGAAGACGCGGACGAAGAGGGCGGUGAUAACGAAAGGGAAGACGACCAUGAGGCGGACGCCUAUCAACACGUGAAAGAGGCCAAAAAGGAUGAUCUACAGGCGGUAGAUGCAGCCACAAAAGAGCAAGCGGACGAACAACCGACGUUAAAACAAGACGAGGAGGAAGCAGAUAAACUGAAGGAUGAUGAAGAAGUUCCCAUGGAUGUUGAUGAAGAUGAUAUUCAGGUGGAAAAAUCUGAGGAAUUAAAACCGGAGAAGAUGAAGAGCAACAAAGACAAAGACGAGGAGAAGUCUGGGAAUAAAAAGGAUGGUGGGGAGGAGACGACGGGAGAAACUGGUCUCGAAGUGGAAGGCGAUGCCGUGCUCACUACCAGCGUGCCACGGGGACGGGAUACUACUUAUCAUACGAGACUCGAAGACUCAUCCCACCCAGCGGAAGACAUAUCAAUGCAGCAGUACAUAAGUAUGCGAGAAUGGAUACAGUCGGGUGGAGUAAAGAGCGGAGUACAGUCGAGUGCAAUGUGGAGAGCCGCGUGGCGCGAUACUGCAGCUGCUUCACGUGCUCUGUGUGAGAGGCUACGGCUUGUGUUGGAGCCUACGGGACGGUCGCGUAGAGCGGGCGACUUCCGCACGGGUCGCGCGAUCAACAUGCGCCGCGUGAUACCAUAUAUAGCAUCUCACUUCCGAAAAGAUCGAAUUUGGUUGCGUCGCACAAAACCCGCGAAACGCGAGUACAAGAUCGCUAUAGCGGUGGAUGACUCGAGCUCUAUGGCGGAUAAUAGGAGCAAGGAACUUGCUUUUGAAAGUUUGGCCUUGGUUUCUCAGGCUCUAAACCUCCUCGAGUCCGGCGACCUAGCCGUGCUCAGUUUCGGCGAGAAACCGAACCUCCUGCAUUCCUUCAACGAACAGUUCUCAGAACAUUCCGGGUCGAACAUUCUAGAACAAUUGCGUUUUGAACAAACUAAGACGAAAGUUGCCCAACUAUUGGACUUCUGUAGUGUUAUGUUCGAUCAGCAGUCCGUGAGAAGUGACGCGGUUAAUGCGAAGUUGUUGGUGAUAGUUUCGGAUGGGAGAGGAAUAUUUUCUGAAGGAGAAACAAAGGUCCUACAAGCUGUGAGGAGGGCGCGACAGCAAGGCAUAUUUUUGGUGUACGUGAUCAUUGAUAACCCGGAUAAUAAGCAUUCAAUAAUGGAUAUCAGGCGACCUCUACUGGACCCAGUGACGAACACACUUUCAGGAUUCAUAUCAUAUCUAGAUACAUUCCCGUUCCCGUUCUAUCUCAUUUUACGAGACAUGUCCGCUUUACCCACUGUCCUAGGAGAUGCUCUGAGACAAUGGUUUGAGUUGGCCGCUAAUACAUCCAGUUAAAUAUAAAGAAAAUAUAUAUUAUAUUAUGUGUUAGUCAUAAGUAAAGUCAAAUUUUCUUAGUACAUAAGGAAAUAAAUUUUUCUAUAUUUUUUUUCUUAUAUUCUUGCGUAAGGUACGGACUAAGUGUACAAAGUAAUCAGUAAGACAGAAAAUUAUGUUUUGAUUUACAUGUUCUGCAAUAAAGUGUUUUUCUCUAAUAA